CAAAAUUCACUCGGAAACUUUCAUUUCUGUCGAUUCUUCUUCGAAUCAGGUUUAGAGUGUUGCUGUUGGUGAUUUGGGAGAAAGAAGAGUUCGCAGAAUCUGGUGCUAUGAGAGAUCGAAGAAGAAAGAAGAGCAGAUGAAGAUGUUUUUGAAUCUGUUGUAAAGAAGAAGUUCAUGAUUAAGUUCAGAAUUUUACAUUCGAGAAGAAAUUGAGGAUUUUCUCGAUUUGGAGUUUGCUGCUGGAGUUUGAUUAAACCUAAUCUUCAAUCUUCUUCGACUUCAGUCCAAUCUCUGUUCAAAGUUACUCAAUUUUUAACAUUGAUUUCUUUCCAAGGAUAUUUUCCUUGAUUAAACGUACCAGCACCAUCACCACCUCCACAACCAGUAGUAGCUCUGCCAGCACCAUCAUCAAAUACAAUAAUUCAUCUCUACCCUAAUCAUUACUCAUCACUUACCAACACCAGCAGCACCACCACCAUAACCAGGGUACAGAAUUGCAGCUUGGAUUGGCAGUUGAAAGCAUUAAAGCUACUUUGUCGGUGAAGAGGAGGCUGGCAUGUGAACAGCUAGCUUAUUAUGCUCAGGUGUGUGUCAACAUACAUUGACGACCCUUCGUGCGUUUUAUGUCAGUUUGAGGCUGUUGUGUCUAUAUUUGGAUAUAAUUUGGUGGAAGUGCAAUAGAGGAAGCAAAAGGCAGGGAUUCGAAGUAGCAGCAGGUAAAUGUCAUUCUGAUGUCACUAGAAUUGGUGUUUCGUUUUUCUUCGGUCGGCCCUCCCCACCGUGGCAGCGGUGUUCUAGUAUCCUAACCUAACCCCAUAGUGUAGGUGAAUUUUAGGUUGUUUUCUUUAUUCGUCGGAUUCACUUGUUCUGCUAAUUGCUCAAGGAAAAUGGAGAAUCUUUACUCCAAACUCUAUGAUAAGUACAACAAACUAAAGACAAGAAAGGAUUCUGAAAUCGAUCGUUAUAAUCAUGACCAAGAAGUUAAAUUCACCGGUUACAUGGCUGCUGUUGAGGAGUUAGUAAAUUGCCUGAGAAGUGAAAAUGAUAGGCUUGUUACUAAGAAUCAAGACUUAAGGAAUGAAUUAGCUUCAGUUAGAGCCGAUAGAUCUGACAAGGAAGAGUUAUGCGUCCAGUACGAAAAGCUUUUAACUGAAGAAACCAGAAAGGGAAAAGAGCUUUCUGAAGAGGUAGAGAAGCUACGUAAUCUGCAGCAAGAAGGGCUCUCCUGCAGUGCCAGGGGUCGGUACAAUGAAAAUGGGCAAAUGGAAUCCCCUAGAGGUACUUAUGUUGAGUCAAUACAUCUAUCCAGCGUCAACAAUAGGAAAAGGCUUUCUACAAAUGAAGAUACAGACUCGGACAGCAGAGGGAAGCUUCCUGUGGCAAUAGAAACAGAAAGAGAUUCUCAAAGCAUUCAGAAGGAAAGUUGCUGCGGGAAAAUCAUCAGUUCAGGGGGUUCAAUCAAUGCAAACUGCGUGUUUCACACCCUAUUGGAAUUUCUAAUUGGCAUGAAAUUUGAAUUUGUUACUAAAGCGGAUGGGCCGUGUCUUUCUGCACUUCAUCAAUCGAGUGGGCCAGUGCAUUCUGAUAUUUAUUUCGGAACUUCCUUCCAGGUAGCCAGCUACCCAGCAAUAUUCUAGGAGUAGGUAUUUUACAACUUCCUUACUUAUUUCAGGGGGGACAUGUUAGGAUUUCAUUCUUUUACUGAGAAAUGACCUACGGUACAUAGGAAUCUUUUGUGGUUAUGAAGUGGGUGAGAAGGGUAGAAGCAAUUUGUUUUCUGUUUCUGUGCUUUGCCUGGAGUCUGUUCUGUUCUAUCCUUUUCGGUGUUAAGGGGUGGCACGACAGAUCUUCAAGCCUGAUGAUAACCUGCAAAACUGCAGAUAUUCUAAUACUCCCUUCGUCCCUAAUUAGAUGACCUAUACCAUAAAU